AUGCAAAAUAAGUGUGGAAAUGAAGAUGAUUCAUAUUGUUAUAUGAAUAGAUAUGAUUUAAAUGAUUUAAUAGAAAAUAUUGAAGAAAAUGAUAAAUCUUUGGAAAGUAAUGAAAACAAUAGUAUUUGCGAAUAUGAAAUACCAUUUCUUUUGCAAGACCUUGAGAGUAACAAAGAAGACUCUGAGAAAAAUUCUUUAGGGAGUUAUCUUGAUGAUGGUGCAUCAACCAUUAUUACGAGAUAUGAAGAGGAAAAUAAUAUAAAAAAAAAAAAAGAAAAUAAGAGGGAAAAAAUAAAUAUUAUAAUUAUUCAAAAUAAAGGAGUAAUAAAUAAUUUUGAAGAAAUUUUAUCUAUGGCAAAUGUGAAUGAUGAAAAUAUUGAAAAAAAGUUAAAUGAUAGAUUUUAUCAAAUAUGUUGUAAAAGUAUUGCUGAUAUAAAUACGCAUAAUUUAAGCAAAGCAAAGGACAUAAAGAAUAAAAAAGGUUCAUUAAACAUUGAGCAUAUUGAUUAUGGUGAUAUUUUUCUUACAAUAUACGAUUCAUUAAGAAAUAAGAAAAAAGAUAAUAACAUUUUACAUAAUUCUUGUGAAAAUUUAAGAAAAUGUGAAAAUUCAUUUAAAAAAACGAAAAUGAAAAAUCAAUACAUCAAUGAAUUCAAGAGAGGUAAUUACUUAAAAUUUCAUAGGAAAAAAGAAAAUUUUUAUCGUAAUAAUUUAAAUAAUAUUUUAAUUGAUAAAAAUUCUAAUAAUUUAUGUAAAAGAAAAAUUUCUUAUUACUUACAAAAUAAUGCAAAAAAGAAUAUUAUAUCAAAAUAUAAUUCUCAUGUUAUUGGAUAUGAUGAACUUAUGCUAAAAGACAGAACCUUUUUAAAAAAUUUCUAUAUAAGAAAAAAUAGGAAAAAAGAUAAAAACAUGUAUUAUUAUGAAGAUUAUUAUAGAGAAACAAAAUUUCCAAAUAGCACUAAUAUGGAGGAAAUGGAAAAGGAUCAUAUAUAUGAUCCAAUUUAUAGAAAUACAUAUGCACAAAGAGGAAGAAAUAGGAAUAAUUAUUUUGAAAAGGAAAAUAAUUGUUAUUAUUCAAAAAAUGGCUAUACAUCUUUUUUAGAACCAUUAAAAAAGAAUGUGCACAAGGAUACAAAGGGAUUAGAAAAUGUAAUGUCAUAUAAAGAGGCAAAAAAAGAAGAAAAUGAAACAAUCGAAGAGAAAAAUGAAAAUUUAAGCUUAAUUUAUAGAAAUAAAGAUGAUAAUAAUGAGUCAAUACAAAAAAAAUUCAUUAAUGAUGAAAAACAUGAUAACAAUAUUGAUUAUACUUGUGAUAAUGAAGAAAUUAAAGAUGACACUAUUACUUUUAAUCAAUUGGAUUCCUCUUAUAAUAAAAAAAAUGAAGAUAUUGAGAAAGUGUAUACAGAAAAUGAUUUGCAUUUUGAAAAAAAAAGAAAAAAAAAUGAACAAUAUGAUUAUGAUAAAGAUAAAAAUAAUAAUAUACCUCGUGAAGAUACAUUAUGUGAUAAAUGCCAUGAAAAAGUGGAUAAUAUAUUUAAUAAAUCAGAAAAAAUGGACAACUAUAAUGGUGAUUACUGCAACGAAAAUAAAGUAUGUGUAAAAGAAAAUGAAGAGAAUAGUUUUUCUAAAGAUAAAGAUGAGAAUAAUCAUGAAGAAAAAAAGCUAGAAAUCAACAACUUUUCAGAUAAACUAUCCGUCAGUAAGAUUGGUAAUUAUAAUGAAUCAAUAAAUAGUUUAAGUAGUUUAAAAAAAAUUAGUGAAAAAGAUGAAAGUUAUUUAGCUAGUAAAGAGGAUAAAGAUGAUUUUCAUUUAUUGAUAAAAAAAUAUGAAAAAACAAAAAUAAUGAUUGAUGAAUAUGAAAAUAUUUCUCCUAAUCUUAAUGAUGUACAAAAGGAAGAAUUCGUAAAUGUUUCCGAUGAAUUUUUAAAUGAUGUAACAAAAAAGAAAGAAAAUGAUGAUGAAAAAAAAGAUGAAGAGAAUGAAAUAAAAAUUUUUAGGAGAAAUAGCAGUGAAAAAUAUAAAAAUGAGUUUAAUGAAGAGAAAGUAGGAAAAGAAUUAGUAGACUUUAGAACCCCAAAUGAUGAGACACAUGAAAAAGAAGAUGAUGAAAAAAAAAAAGAACAGAAUGAAAUAGGGGAGUUAAAAGGAAAAAGUGAAGCAAUGGAAAAUAAAAUAGAAUAUAAAAAAAAAGUGAGGAAAACAUAUGAAAUAGGAUAUGAAAAAUUAUUAGAAAAUGAUAUGUAUGAUUUAUAUAAUUUAAAAAUGCAUGAUUUACACAACCUAAAAACGUAUGAUUUUGGUUUUUCUAAAAAUUUAUUAAAAAAAGACAUUUUUAUAUAUAGUGAAAGUUUAAGCAAUGAUGAAUGCUUUAAUAAAUUAGAGGUAAAUGAAAAAAAAAUCUAUUCAAAAGAAGAGUACAAAACAUUAGAGGAAAAUGAUGAAGAGAAGAAUGUCCUAAAUUUUGAUGAAAACAAUAAGUAUGUAGAAUUAGUAAAUAAUACAAAAGAAGAAUAUUUAGAAAACGAUGAAAUUAAAGCCUUCCUAGAAAAACUUAAAGUUGACAUAACAAGUCAAAUAAAUUUAAAUAAUGAUAUAUAUUCAGAUAAAAGUAAAUUGGAAAAUGAACAAGAAUUUGAUAUAAAUAAUGAAAAUAAUCAGAAUGCAUUUGAUUUAUUAGAUUCAGUACAUAUAAAUGAGUAUUGUUGUAAUGAUAAUGAGGAAGUGAUGAAUAAUAAUGAAUAUAAUUUAAAUAAUAGAGAAGAUGAUUUAAAUGAAAAUUACAUGAAUGGUAUAAAUAACAAUUAUACCAGUGAUGUGAAUCAAAGUAAAUGUUCUUACGUUGGUUCGAAGUUAAAGCUAUCAGAUUUAAAUGAAUCGAAAGAAAAUAAAAAUGGAAAUUCUUUUUUAGAUAAUUCUAAAAAAUAUUCUGAAAUAAAAAAGGAUACGGAAUGCCAAACAGAUUUUGCGCUUGAUUUUUCAAGAAGUGUAAAUAGAACACCAAGAAAGAAGAGUGUUGAAGUAAAACUAAUAGAGAAAAAAAUUAAAAAAAAAAAAGAAAAAGAAAAGGGAAAUGAAAAUGAAAAUGAACAAAUUAGAAGAUAUCCUAAAAGGAAUAGAAUUAAAACUCUACGUUAUUGGAUUGGUGAAAGAGAAAUCACUGAAAGAAAUCCAUAUACAGGAGAAAUUGAUGUUAUAGGAUUUAGUGAGUGCAAAAAUUUAGAAGAUUUAUCUCCUCAUAUUAUUGGACCAGUAGAAUAUAAGAAUGUAUAUUUAAAAGAUAUAAUUGAUUCAAAAGAAAAAGAAUAUAAUAAUGAAAAUUCCAAUUAUGAUGAAAAAGGUUUAGAAGAAAAUAAUAGAAAAAGCGAUAAUAAGAAAGAGGAAAAUAUUAUAAAUAACGAUAAAUAUAAUCCAACUUUUAAUAAAGAUGAUAAUUCUGAUCAAAACAGAAUUAAAAAUGAAGCAAGUACAAGUAAUAGUAGAAAAAAGAGAAGAAGAAGAAAAUUCAUUAAUAUUGUUAAUUACAUAAAAAAAAAAAAAAAAAAAAAAUUAAUGAGAAGUAUGGAUAAAAUGGAAGGAAAAAAAUCAUUUUUUAAAAAUAAUGAAGAAGAUAACAAUUUAGAUAAUGAAAAUAUAAAUAUGCAAAAAGGAAAUUAUAAUACAGAUAAUCAUAAUUUGCCUAAGGAAGAUAGCAAUGUUAUAGAAAAUAAUAAUAUAUUUUAUGAAUGUAAUAUUAAGGAUAAGGAAAGUAAUAAAAUAUUUAAUUAUGAUAACAAAAAAGAAAAUAAUAAUUUAAUUGAAGAUUCCAUGUCCAAUAAUAUUUUAGCUAAUGAUUAUAAUUUAUUUUUUGAUGAUAUAAAUAUUUAUGAUUAUAAUAAGGAAAAAAAGGAAGACGGCAAUGAAUUCAUUGGAACGAUAAAUAAUAAUACAAGUUACGAAGAUAAAAAUGAAGUGAAUGAAAUAAAAGAAACAAUUAAAAUAAAUGAAAAUGAAAACAUAAAGGAUAUGGAUGAAAUAGAAGAAACAAUUAAAAUAAAUGAAAAUGAAAACAUAAAGGAUAUGAAUGAAAUAGAAGAAACAAUUAAAAUAAAUGAAAAUGAAAACAUAAAGGAUAUGAAUGAAAUAAAAGAAAGUAAUGAAGUAAAAAAAAUGAAUGGAUAUAAUUCUAAUAAUAUUCAUAUUAAAUAUAAUAGAAAAGAAAAUAUGAUAAAGAAUGAUUCAGAGAGAAAAAAUAUUAUUUCUGCAAAAAAUAAAAAGAUUAAAAAAAAAUUGAAAGAUGCGAAGAAAAAAAAGAAAGAAAGAAAAAUAGAUAAAAUGUACAAUCAAUUAUCUAUGCUAAAUUUAAAUUUUUUUCCAUCAAAAAGGAGGAAAUCAAAAUCCCUAAUUUUAGAGGAUGAGGAAAAAAAAAAAAAGGAUUUAAAAAAUGAUGUUAAAAAAAAAAAAUUUGAUGAAAAAAAAAAUAAAAUAAAAAAAAAUGAAAAACAAAAUCAGAAACAGAAACAAAAAAAAAUACGGAAACAAAAAAAAAAGACAGAAAAUAGUGAGCAUAAUAAAUUAAAAAAAAAAAAAGAUGAUAAUAAUAAUAAUAAUGAUAAUUAUAAAAAUGGAGAAAAUAAAAUUCUUGGGGUAGAUAAAAAAAGUAAAAUAAUUAAUAAUUCAUCUAAAAAAUGGAACAAUAAUAAUAGUAAAAGUAAGGAUGAAUUAGAAAAAGGAAGUGGAAAAAAAAAUAGCAUAAAUACAUUUAUAAGAAAUAAUAUUAAUACAUAUACUAAUGAUUUAUGCUAUUCAGCAAAAAAUAUUCAUGAAAAUGUUAAAAAUGAAAAUGUUGAAAAUGAAAAUGAUGAAAAUGAAAAUGAUGAAAAUGAAAAUGAAAAUGAAAAUGAUGAAAACAAAAAUGAUUUGAUUCAAAUUGAUGUAAAUGAAUAUCAAACUGAUAAAAAUGAAAUAAUAAAAAAUUUAAGCAGACAUAAUUUAUACUUAAAAAUUCUUGAAAAGAUGAAUAAAAGCUCCAGUAUAAAAAGUUAUAAAAAUAUAAUUUCAAAAAAAGACAAUUCUAAAAUUUGUAAGAAUAAUAGACAAAAAAAAAAUUAUUCCAACGAAAAAGGGAGUAGUUAUGUAGAAUAUGAUUCAUUAAAUAAAAUUAGUAUAAAUGGAAAUAUAGAAAAGAAGGAUGUAAAAUCUGAAGAUAAUAACAUAUUAACAAAUAUGACUUACUGUAAUAAUAAUGUUAUUAGAAAUGCUUUUUUAAAAACAUUAAAACAUAAUUAUAAAAAUGAAAUAAUAAAAAAAAAGAAAAAAAACAAAAAAAAUACUCUAAAUAUAAAAAAAAACGAAAAUAUUAUUUUAAGGAAAAAUAACACUUUAAAAGAGAAAUAUUUUACAUAUUUAAAAAAAAUAAAAUUUUCAAUAGUAUAUUCAUUUAACAAUAAUAUGAAAGGUAAUAAUAGUUAUAUAAUUUUAAAAUUAUUUCUUUUUUAUGAUAUGUUAAUAUUCAAUUUAAAAUAUAUCCUUAUUUUAUUUUUUCAUAGUAAUUUUAAAUUAAACAUUAGUAUAUAUUGCAUUAAAAUCGAACCAAAUGAACAAUUUAGAAAUGAUAGUUAUAAAAGCAAUUUAAUUGGAUAUAUUGAUAAAGGAGAAAAAAUUAAAAUAUUACUUGAAAGUGAAAAAUGUUACGAAAAAGGUGACUUUUUUUUUAUACCUAAAUUUUCUAAUUUCAUAGUUAUUAAUGAAAGCAGAUAUUACUGUAUUUUAUAUGUUUGUCCAAUAAAUAAAUAA